AGCUGAAACACAAACAGCCACUGUAGUCUAGAGCGCCCUGCCCGCUAACGUGGUCGUCCCGAGGCCGUUCAGCGAAGUGUGGCUGACAUCUGUCAUUGGACGCCGUUUCGGUUGGCGUCUCUGCAUGCAUGUCUCUACCACGAAUGACACCUUGGUACCUUUUUGGGCAUCGGACUCGUGGCGCUCGAUUCUUUGCGUAACACUAAGUUCGCCCCUUGAUGAAUGGAGCGUUGGAGAUCAUCGGCUCAAAAGGACAACCCUUGUAACGGGUACACAGCUUUUCUUUCUUUUGUCUUUCAGAGAUACCAUGUUCGCGUUCAGUUUUCUCUUGUUCUCUCCCUUCGUCCUUUUUCUUUGGUAUGGCUUCUUUUCUUCAGGCGCCCUUUUUAUUUCUCUCAUCUGCUUUCUGGUAUGUUUUUCACACAGUUUGGAAGUUUCGGGUUUAGGAGUUCAGUUUCAACCAUUCACAUUGCAGCGCCCACGAGCGACCAGUGGUUGCUCCGUUGUAAAAGGAUAUACCAAAACAAAAGGGGUGAGCGACAGGGCAAAGUUGUACAGUAUUUUUUAUGAUGGAUAGACUGCUGGACAGGAAGCAAUUCUCAAGAAACAUUUUCCUCACCACAACGCUACCUAUGUCGCCAGAUGUUGAUGAUACAUAUGCGUAAGACCUGUCAUGUUGCCCAACGUUCCCUCAUCUAACAGCGGGUGGUGGUGGGAUCUACGGGCAAGUUUUAAACGCA